UCCUGUGGGAGCCGGCGUCCCCUCAGCUCCGGGCUCGGCCUUCCCGCCUACAGCAAGGCCUGUCUUCCCCGGGGCCUGCGCUUCGCUCUGUCCUUUCCUUACCGGCUUUCAUCCGCCACCAUGUCGGUCAAUCCCAUGGCCUACGAAGCGCAGUUCUUUGGCUUCACCCCCCAGACGUGCAUGCUGCGCGUCUACAUCGCGUUCCAGGACUACCUCUUUGAAAUGAUGCUGGUGGUUGAGAGCGUAAUCCUGAAGAAGCUGGACGGGUUUCCCGACUGUAAAAUCAGCCCCUUCCAAAUCCGGAAAAGCACGGAGAAAUUUCUUCUCUUCAUGAAGGAGCAUUUUGAUAAACUCUUCAGUAAAAUGGAAGAAGUGCUUCUGCAGCUGGUGUUAAACAUCCCUAAGAACGUGCUCCUUCCCGAGGACAAGGUCCACGAGCAGUACCCCUACAGCAAAGAACAGUUCCAGGCGCUUCAGGAUGAGAUCCGCCAGCUGCAGCAGCAGUACAGGGCUGAGGCGUCUGCUGGGCAGGCACUGCGUGCAGAACUGGAAGAACAGAAGGCUGUUCGGGCUGAGCUUGAGAAGAUUUUGCAAUGGUUUGAUGGGCUUGAGAAUAUCUGUAGGGAGCAUGGGACCAGCAACUUCAAAGAAAGCUUUGCGUUCUUGACACAGAAUUCGAAGAAACUGCAAGAUGUGCUGAAAGAUGUUGAAGAGAAAAGCAAAAAAAUAAAGAAGCAUGAUCAGUUAUUGUAAUGGGAAUUGUGAAAAGGCAACAAAAAUCAUUUAGAUGGCUUGCUUAAAAUGAUAGGGGCUUAUCUUUCCAGAAGCAUUUCCCCUAAUCCCUUACUCCUCUCAUCCUGCCAGGAUCUAGGCUAAAAGCUGUCGAACUGUGUCAGUUUGCACCUAUUGAGCACCUCCCUAGGGAAGCAGGGGGAGACAAAAGCCUGUAAAAUGUAACUGAAAGUAGUGAUUGGGAAUAAAUUUUGGGUUGGAUAACGUUGGCUGUGAAGGCACCUUCCUGACUUUAUGAACGUUAACUUUGAACAUAACAUAGCAUUUGUUUAUUUUAAGGAUUAUUUAUUAAAAAAAAAAAAAAAAGUCUAAGUAAGACCUGUAAGAACGUGUGAGUGCGUUUCCAGCCUGAUACCAGUUCAGGUAACAAGAGUGGAUGUUUUUGUCAGUGAGGACAUCGGGACUUCGUACCACUUUCCCGAAGGAGCUGUGUUGCACCGGCAGCGUCUUGUUACGGCUAAGGUGCCCUUCGCUGUGUUUUAAAAGCCAACAGCUAGGAAGCGCAUAGAGAAGAGCGAGACAGUGACUCUGUUGUCAAGGCUCUGAUGAGAAGGAGAUCUGUUUGCAUCAAUACUGAAUUUCAACCCAGUUUCUGACAUUUCAGGGUUACUUACCACUCCACAUACGUUUGCAAAGAGGUAGCUUGUGUUUUCUUUAAGCAAGGACAGCGUGCUGCUCCAUAGACCGAAGAUAUAGAAGACUGGAGGAACUGAGCAACUCGAUCACUUUGUCCUACUUCAGCUUAUGUUGCUUUAUAUAUAUUUUUUGGUUUGUUUGUUUUUAUUUUUGUUGUCCAGUGUCUUUCUUCCACUAAAUAGCAAAGUUCAUUUUAUUCAUGUUUAAUCAGAUUUUCCUGUAAAAAUGUUGUGAAUGAUACGCUUGAGUUCUUUGAAGUCACUUAAUUAAGCUUAUUCUAUCUGUACUUGAUUCAAAAUACAUUACAGUCUGUGUGCAUCUUUCCGUUGACCUCAGCAGGUCUUGAAUCUCAUGUACAGAUGUAUCAUGAAAUAUCAAUACUAAUUUCUACUUUACUAGCUUAGAUGUUUGAAAGACAUUAAACUUGUGAAUAAUUUAGAAGUUACUGGAAUAAAAAAGUGUAUUAAAAGCAUAAAAUACACUUUGCAAUUCUUUCUUCCCCGACU